UUUCUCCAGCCAAGGGAUACAGUCACAUAUAAGAACGGCGUGAACGAACGACUGUACCAUUGGGAUUAUCAUCGCUGUAUCGGUGCAUCAAAUCACCAAGCUUCUGAUCUUUUCGUCGUCAUCAUGAAGGUUCUCGCCCUCCUUUCGUUCCUACCUCUUGCCUUUGCUGCACCAGCUGAGGUGGAUAAGAGAGCGGGUCCCACUGUCGUUGCUCCCUCUCCGCAAGCCACAGUCGCUGGGAAGUCGCUUUUGAACGUAGAGUCCUUCAAUGGCAUUCCUUUCGCUCAACCUCCCACUGGAUCACUUCGCCUCAAGCCGCCACAGCCACUGACAUCUGCCCUUGGCAAUGUCGACGGAACCAAGAUACCAAAAGCAUGCCCACAGUUCUUCUUCAGUAUCGAUGGAUCCAACUUCCCCACCAACGUUCUCGGGCAGAUCCUCAAUCUGCCAAUCCUCCAGGUGGCAACGAAUGCCGGUGAAGAUUGCCUUACCAUCAACGUCCAACGCCCAGCUGGGACUAAACCUGAUGCUAAACUUCCUGUACUUUUCUGGAUUUUUGGCGGUGGGUUUGAACUUGGAUCCACCCAGAUGUACGAUGGCACAUCUUUGGUGCGAGAGUCAGUGGAGAACGGAAAACCCAUUAUUUUCGUUGCAGUCAACUACCGUGUUGGCGGUUUCGGCUUCUUGCCUGGCAAAGAAAUCCUCCAAGACGGAUCCUCCAAUCUGGGACUUUUGGAUCAGCGUCGCGGCUUGGAGUGGGUGGCUGAGAACAUAGCUGCAUUUGGAGGAGAUCCAGACAAGGUGACCAUCUGGGGUGAGAGCGCAGGAUCCAUCUCGGUCCUCGACCAAAUGGCCAUGUACGACGGCGACAACACUUAUAAAGGCAAGCCGCUCUUCCGCGGGGCCAUGAUGAACUCGGGCUCCAUCGUCCCCGCCGCGCCCGUUGAUGGUACAAAGGGACAAACCGUCUACAACAUGGUAGUCGAAAAAGCCGGCUGCUCGUCCUCACCCGACACGCUUGCCUGCCUGCGUUCCGUCUCCUACACCACCUACCUCAACGCCGUGAAUAGCGUGCCAGGCCUUCUCUCCUACUCAUCCGUGUCUCUGUCCUACCUUCCCCGCCCAGAUGGUAAGAUUCUAACAGCAUCCCCGGACGCCCUGGUCGCUGCCGGCAAAUACGCCAAAGUCCCCUUUAUAGUCGGCGACCAAGAAGACGAAGGUACCCUCUUCGGCCUUUUCACGCCCAACCUCACCACGACAGCCGACGUCACCGACUACCUUGCCACGGUCUUUUUCCCAGACGCACCCAAAACUACCCUUGCGUCGCUCGUCGCAUCCUACUCCACCAUCACAGAGUAUGGCUCGCCCUUCCGUACUUCCCUCCUGAACAAUUGGUACCCUCAGUUUAAGCGCGUCAGCGCCCUCAUCGGUGAUAUUACCUUCACACUCACGCGCCGCAUCUUCCUCGAAACCGCCCAAGCCGUCAACCCGGACGUGCCCUCGUGGUCCUACCUCUCCGUCUACAACUACGGCACCCCCAUCCUCGGCACCUUCCACGGCUCCGACAUCCUGCAGGUCUUCAAUGGCAUUUUGCCCAACAAUGCGAGGGCGAGUAUCCGUGGGUACUACUACAGCUUCAUCCAUGACCUCGAUCCGAACAAGGGAAGCAACCUGCCCGAGUGGCCUAGGUGGAGCACGUCCCAGGAGUUGAUGACUUUUGGCGCGAAUUCGAACAGUUUGCAAAAGGAUGACUUCAGGCCGGCGCCAUAUAAUGUUUUGAAGACGAACAUCAACAACUUUUACAUUUGA